GGGCGGCUGGACGGUUAUUUAUAAAAGUGACCUCCCCCCUCCGGGCGCGGUAAUGGUCUGGUCCGCGGAGUGACUGAGGAGACGGAGCAGUAGAGACAGGAGACGGAGGGGCCCGGGGCAGGUGAGGGGCCACACAGGGCAGCAUGGAGAACCAGAGGUAUGGAGUGGUGAGAGAGUCCAUGAAUAACAACCAACUGCUGCAGAAGGCAGAGCUUGGAAAGACAAAGAAGAGAUGUUACUCUCUCCCAGGACCAGACUUCACGUAUGGCCAGGACAGUUAUCUGCGAGAGGGCGGAGUGGCGGAAGCCAUUGGUCAUUGGCGGACGGUUGAGGCCCGGGCUCAUGAGAGGAAGCUGGAGAGCGAUUUUGUUACCUUAAACCGGGAAGCGGUGAAAUCCGGGCUGGUCACUGCGGCCGAACACCAAGCCUUCCGCAACACGCACAAGAUCUGGCGCCCCGUCAACGAAGGUCGGCAGAAACCGCGCAGCCAGCGCCUCCCGCAGGACGUGACUUAUGGCAUCUGCACAAGGCCCUCCACCCCCAUAUAUGACCUCAUAGAGAACAAGUACCAGCAGCUUUGGCUUGAGCAGCAGCGACAAGCAACGGAGGCCCUGCGCAUGAUGUCCAAAGAGAAGAUCCAGUUACGGAAGGUUCAGGACACAAGGACCACACAGCUGAGGAGAUACCAGCCGCCCGCAGACCCGGCUCCUCUCUGGAAGCUGCCCCAGUUUGAAAAGGUUGGUCCUCACCUUGACACCUUUCCCAGCGAGAAGGCGCGACAAAGAGCGUUCAGUGCCCACCGGUCGGACGGUAUAGCGCGGCAGGGUCUCCACGGACAGGGCAUCUAUAACAUCAGCUGAAGAUCAUAACUUCCAUCAUCCAUGCGCGGCAAAAUAAAGACAUGAGGUCACCGCUUCA